AUGUCAAAAGCCAAGCGAGGGGAAUCGGGGCAGCCGGAGAGACCUCGGCUGCCCUUCCUCCAUCCUUCCUCCUCCUCCCAUCUCUGCCUUUUCCAUCCGCAGAGCCCCAAAUCCAAGGGGCGCUCGUGCAGCCUUGGCGAUCGCAGAGAUUUAAUCCCCGCUUUAGGAACAGAAAUAAACUGUGGGCAGGCCACGCUGCCCUGCUGCCGCAGCCGGCACGUGUUCCCGGAGCGUGUUCUCCCGCAGGUCGUGCCUGGGAUUUAUGGUUAUCUGACUGUCAGCAUUGAGCCCCUGCCUCCGGUGGUGGUGGGAGACGCUGUGACCCUGAAAUGCAACUUCAAAACCGACGGGAAAAUGCGGGAGAUCGUCUGGUACCGGGUCACUGAUGGUGGUACCAUCAAACAGAAGAUCUUCACCUUUGAUGCCAUGUUUUCCACCAACUUUUCCCAGAUGGAAAACUACCGGAAGCGGGAAGACCUCGUUUACCAAUCCACCGUGCGCCUUCCUGAGGUCCGGAUUUCGGACAACGGUCCCUACGAGUGCCAUGUAGGGAUCUACGACCGAGCCACGAGGGAGAAGGUGGUCCUGGCCUCUGGGAAUGUGUUCCUGAAUGUGAUGGCUCCCCCAACGUCCAUCUCGGUGCUGGCCGCGGACACCCCGGCACCCUUCAGCCGCUACCAGGCCCAGAACUUCACCCUGGUGUGCGUGGUGUCCGGCGGGAAGCCCGCGCCACUGGUGUACUUCAAACGGGAUGGGGAGCCCAUCGAGGCCACCCCGCUGCCGGAGCCGCUGGCCGGCGCCAGCAGCUGGGCCCCCCGGAACCUCCUGCACCGCGAUCUGGAUGACACCAAGGUGCCAAAAUCCCUGGCGGCCGACGGCGAGCUGGGAAUGGGAAACCCCUUCCCCACGGCGGACCCGCCGCGGGGGCUGGCGGCCGAGCGGGAUUCGGUGACGGAAAGCAUUCCCGAGACAGUCGUGAGCCGGGAAUUCCCGCGCUGGGUGCACAUGGCCGAGCCCAUCUACUACUUCCGGCACACGCACGCACCCGUCAGCGACGGCACCGUCGAGGCCCGGGCCACCCUCACGUGGACCCUGAACCCCCAGAUCGACAACGAGGCCCUGUUCAGCUGCGAGGUCAAGCACCCGGCGCUCUCCAUGCCCAUGCAGUCUGAGGUCACGCUCGUGGCUCCCAAGGGUCCAAAGAUCACGAUGACCCCGACGAGAGCACGCGUGGGAGACACUGUGCGGAUCCUGGUGCAGGGCUUCCAGAACGAGGUGUUCCCAGAGCCGCUGUUCACGUGGACGCGCGUGGGCAGCCGGCUGCUGGAUGGCAGCGCGGAGCACGACGGGAAGGAGCUGGUGCUGGAGCGGGUCCCGGCUGAGCUCAACGGCUCCAUGUACCGCUGCACCGCCCAGAACCCGCUGGGCUCCACUGACACCCACACCCGCCUCAUCGUCUUUGAAAACCCGAAUAUUCCCAGAGGACCAGAGGACUCCAAUGGUUCACUUCCUGGCCACCACGGCUUCAGAUUCGUUUUGGCGCUAACCCUGACAGUGAUCCUGGAGCUCACGUGA